CCUAAGAGUAUAAAGAGGGUGGUCAAGGGAAUAUAAACCAAAACUUGUCAUUCCUAUUGACCAAGAAAGUUGAACUUGUUAGAAGCUGUUGAACCAAAACCUUUCCUCUAAGACAAACCAUCAGAACCAGUGGUCCUCCGCCAGGGUCGAACCUAACCCACACUUGUGAUAGGUGAAGCCAUGGAUGUUUCAGAGGACUUCACCUUCCCCAGAAUGAGCGACACUUGCCCUCUCACCAUUGAUUCACCUCCUCUCUGGAAUAUUCCAUCUCCUGCUACUCAUGAAGACGCCAUAAAGGCAAACGAAUCAGAAGCAAAAGUGAUCGGUGAUGAAGAUCAUGACAAAGAUGAGGAUACAAUGGACUUAUUGUGGGAGAACUUCAAUGAGGAUUUGUGUUCAACUUCUGCAGCCUCUGCUUCAUCUUCUUCCACAGAGAGCAGAUGGUGGAAGUGAGAUGUGGAUCAGGAGCAUUAACAAUGGUGAAGAGCAAUGGUUCAGUGAUUGCAUCAAACAGCUGUAAGCCUGGCACUUUGGUUCUUCUCAAGCUGUUGAAGAAACUCUUCUCUCUCACCACUCCUCAUAGGAAACCCACCACCUCUGCAAGUAAAGUUUGCUGAUCAUUCUGUAAUUCAUUACUUUGCAAUCAUCCUACUGGUAUCUGGCAUCUAGCUAACAAGUAGUUUUGUUUUCUUCUUUUUAUUUUUAUUAAUCCCCCAUUUUGUCCCCGCCAUUUCAAUGUAUAUUUGAUGAGAAAUGAGAACCAUACUUAUGAAUUUUACCGAAA